AUCAAAUGUAAGAAGCAUUCUGUUUAAACGGUCGGCUUUUAAUUUUCAAAUAUUAGUUGGAUUCUAAGUCCGAACCAUUCACGUCUUGUUCUCCGACUGUUUUCAACUCAUUUAUUUUUAUUAAUUCAACUGAACUUGUUUUCUUUUUUCUAAUUAAAAUUCACUCAAAAUGCCAGAACAGGAUGUUCAACGUCAAAAAUCUUACAAGAACCUCGGCCGCGACCUAACAGAGAUGAGGCGGCGAAGAGCUGAAGUUUCCGUUGAGUUGCGCAAGCAAAAAAAGGAUGACCAGACAAUGAAGAGAAGAAAUAUUGGGGAUUUGUCUGAUGAUGCAGUCAGUCCACUUAAAGAGAGGAAUCAAGGUACCAGUUCUUCCUUGACCCUCAAUGAGAUCAUCUAUGGUAUUAGUGGUGACUCUGUAGAGGCUCAGCUUGAAGCAACCCAAGCUGCACGACGCUUGCUUUCCAAAGAGAGGAAUCCACCCAUUGAUGCCAUCAUAACGGCUGGUCUUGUACCAAAGUUAGUUGAAUUCCUGAAAUGUGUCGGAAGGCCUGAACUCCAAUUUGAAGCUGCCUGGGCCCUGACCAACAUUGCUUCUGGUAACAGUGACCAAACCAAAGCCGUAGUUGCUGCUGGCGCUGUCCCUGAUUUCAUUUCCCUUUUGACAUCUGAAGACCUUCAUGUCUGUGAGCAAGCAGUCUGGGCCCUUGGUAACAUUGCUGGUGAUGGUCCAGAACUGCGAGAUUUUGUCACAGAAUGUGGUGUCGUAGAGCCUCUUCUUAAACUUGCUAAACGUGACCUUCCUGCUGGUUUUCUAAGAAAUGUCACCUGGACAAUUUCCAACUUGUGUCGAAACAAGAACCCAACCCCAUCUUUUGACGUUAUUCAGAAAUGUCUUCCAAUUCUGGCAGCACUUUUACAUCAUACCGAUGCUGAAGUACUCUCUGACACACUCUGGGCAUUCUCUUACAUCACUGAUGGACCAAAUGAGAAGAUUCAAGCUGUUAUUGAAAGCAAUGUCAUCCCUCGACUGGUUGAACUGCUGCAACAUCCCAAAAUAUCUGUGAUAACUCCUGCCUUAAGAACCGUUGGAAAUAUUGUGACUGGAGAUGACUGUCAAACACAAGUUGUUUUGGAAGCAAAUGCCUUGCCUGUAUUUCAUGGAUUGUUGAGGCAUUCUCGACCUAACAUUCAAAAAGAAGCUGCCUGGACCGUCUCCAACAUCACUGCUGGCAAUUCCAGUCAGAUCCAGCAAGUUAUCGAGGCUGGCAUCAUCCCCAUUGUUGUUGAAAAGCUGGCAAUGGGUGACUUCAAGACCCAAAAGGAAGCUGUGUGGGCUGUGACUAACCUGACAUCUGGUGGUACUAUUGAACAAAUCAGUUUCCUUGUUCAGUGUGAUGUCAUUAAACAUUUGUGUGAGCUGUUGGUGAUCCGAGAUGCAAAAGUGGUCCUGGUGAUUCUUGAUGCUUUACAAAAUAUUCUGAUGGCUGCUGAAAAGUGUGGACAACUGAAUUACAUGUGCCUUAUGAUUGAAGAGAUUGGUGGUCUUGAUAAAAUUGAGAACCUUCAGAGCCAUGAAAAUGAAACAGUUUACAAAGCAUCUCUACACCUGAUUGAGAAAUACUUCUCUGCAGAACAGGAGGACGAGAAUCUUGGCCCUGAAGCUACUGAUGAUACUUACAAAAUGAAAGUGGAGCAACAAAAAGAAAGCUUCUCGUUCUAAACGGAUUUAUUUUUGUUUGAAUUUGUUUGGUUCUUAAUUGUGUAAUCUGAAUGUGAACCUGUCUGGGUUGAAUGCAUCUGCUGAGAUCACAAAACACGACAUUUGAUUAUAUAUACAUGCACACACACACACACACAUUUCCUAUAUCUAUAUACAUACACACACGUCCAAAAUUAUUUUAUAAAUUGUAAAGUUUAAUAAAGAUAUUUUUCUUUA